UUACCGGGUUCUGUGCCAGAGGUCCUCUACAACAGAUGGGGAUCUCCUCUCGUUGCGCGCACGCCAGGCACGCAAACCCCAGUGCUUGUAUGCUCCGAUUGUUUCCGAUGCGCAGAUAGGGCGAACCGAGCAGACAACGAGCAGACUAGGCAACGCACGGUUAACGACUAUAUCCCGCCCGAGCCCCCAACGUGGCAGAGAAGAACCAACCCCAGUUUAUCGUUCGUUAACAAUACAUAAAGCCUGAAGAGGUUCGGGAAAUCAUCAGACAGUCUAGCAGCUCCUUCCCUCCUCUCAUGCUGACUGAGAAUGGAUAACAUUCAGAACGGGGUUCAGGUCGGAGACAAAAAGUUCAUCAGCAAGGCAACAGUCCUGUCCCACCUCAAAACCUACAACCUCUAUUAUGAUGGACAGAACCUGCAGUUGAGACACAGAGAGGAGGAAGGGGAGCUGAUCGUGGAGGGUUUGUUGAAUAUCUCCUGGGGCCUGCGUCGACCUAUUAGAUUGCAGAUGCAGGACGAUCACGAGCGAAUCAGGCCUCCUCCCUCCUCUACCUCCUGGCACUCCGGCUGUGCCCUGGAUAAUCAGAGUAGCAAUGAAGGUACCCAGCAGAUCCCGCCCACCAUAGAAGUGACUGAGCUCGAAAGCCAAUCAGAGGACACCAUUGUGAAGGAGGAUGAGGAAGAAGAGGAAUAUGAGAGCUCCGCCCAGCUGCUGAGGACGAAGAGCGAUGCAGGGAUUCUGAGACGGGGCCAGCGCCGGUCACCUAGUGACCAGAGAAGGUUACGACGACACCGCUUCUCCAUCAACGGACACUUCUACAAUCACAAGACUGCAGUCUUUACUCCAGCGUAUGGUUCAGUGACUAACGUGCGGAUCAACAGUUGUAUGACCACGCCUCAGGUGCUGCGAGUGCUACUUAACAAGUUUAAGAUUGAGAACAGCCCUGAUGACUUUGCGCUGUAUCUUGUACACACCAGCGGGGAGCGUGUGAAGCUGAAACGCAGUGACUACCCCCUGGUGUUGCGUGUGCUUCAGGGUCCAUGUGAACAGGUCAGCAGAAUCUUCCUGAUGGAGCAGGACCUGGGAGAGGAAGUCACCUAUGACGUGGCACAGUAUAUUAAGUUUGAGAUGCCAGUGCUGCAGAGUUUCAUCACCAAGCUGAUGGAGGAAGAGGACCGAGAGGUGCAGAAACUCAGGAGCAGGUAUGCAUAUCUGCGGUGUAUCAUAGAGAAGCAGUUGCAUUGUCUUCCUGAGGGGACCACCUGUAUGUGACCUGGUUUAGGGAGGGACAACCACAUCUUCACAAAACCUUCCCAAGAUCUCCCAGACCUGUUCAGCUACCCCUCCUCACCCCUGACUCCGUCCCAAGCACAAAACAGGAGUGAUCAAGAACCACCCAGAGGAGAGGCACCCAUUUCAACUUCGCCUUAUUAUCUUUCAAGACCUCCGUAGGGACAGUGUACACAUUGUGAAGCAUGCCACCCUCUUUCCUGAUUCCUGCUGUUUCUGUCCAUACCAUUUACAGACAGUACAUGCCCACUGGGCACAGAAGUCUAUUCAGCUUCUAGUUUUGAUUUACUUCUGAUUGAGUUGUCAACUAACGUGAAUUCAACUUGAAAUUAACAAAAAAAAAUGAUAGGUGGUUGAAAAAAAUACCAAAUGCUCUUACAUUGAUUACUUUUUGCAAAUCCAGUUGGUUUUCCACUGUAAUUCAACCUCAUCAAGUUGAUUUGGGGGGUUGAUAUGACGUGGAAACAACAUUGAUUCAAUCGGUUUUUGCCCAGUGGGUAUCCUCUUUUCCGUCCCAAUCCCUUUCUAACAUACCUGCCCCUCGGUAGUGUUAUCUGCAUAACUGUACCAUGUCAGCAAUAAUAAUGGUUUGUGGGGAAGGUGAAGGCUGGCACUUUUCAUAUGGGGGCCUGUAUGGAACAUUGAGCCUGCCCCAUGUUCUAUCAUACCACUCUGAUGCACAAGAAUUUAAAGCACAAAACCAGCUUCCUUAGUUCUUUUGAGCUAGACAGCACUCGAUCUCUCGCACUCUUUCCCUCUAAUUUUCCUUUCAACAAUUUUGCCACCUGCAGAUAACCUAACUUGUCUCACAUUUAACAUCUCUCUCAAAACCAGAACAUACCUCAGACUCAGUGACAUCACACACUAGAUGAGUUUCUCAGCCAGUCAGUGAGGGUGUUGAAUGACUCCUGUCCUGUGACAGUGUGAUGUUGAAACGUGCCUGUCCCCAGUGUGUUGCAGGACUCUCUUUAUGAUCAGCUCUAGUGAGUCUGUAACUGUAAUGUAACUUAAUGAUUGUCCACAGUUAAUCUGAAACCUCCACCUAACACUGUUACCUGUGUGUUAUCCCUCGAUCAGACCGACAGCGUCAUUGCAUCAAUGCUGCGUAAGAAAUUCUGCAGUGAAACUUUUUUCAUUAUGUAAUCCGAUGUAUGAGAUGUGUGCAACAAACGUUCAUUCACCUUUUGCUACUAUUUCUGUCAAGUCUACUCAUACAAUUUGAUGCAUACGUUUGAUUUAUCCAACAUCUGCACCACACAGAGCACAGAAACUGCCUCUGCAACACAAUGCUGCAAGGCAAACGCUGUGUUCCAUUGGAAAUGAAUGUACUUCUGGUGUACCAAAACGCAAUGACGCUGUCAGUCAGAACUGUUUUUUUCACCUUUAUUUAACUUGGCAACUCCGUUAAGAAUGUUAGCCUUGCUUGCCACGGUUAUAAUCCCAUGGUGUGAUAUGACCUGUGUGUCUACAAACACCUGGAGACUGAAGCACAAAACAGAGAGAGGACCAGAGUUCCUUAAGAUUGUGACUUAUGUAGAUGAUGGAUCAACUACAAUAGCUCAAACGAGGGAAUGUUGUGUGUGUGUGCACGCAUAUCUAAAGCAGUACUUAGUUGCCUUGUAGAUAUUGAUCUGUGUGUGUGUGUAUGACUGCAUACAGGACUUUGAGAUGUGGUACAUCAAUUCUGUUACACCUACACAACUGGUCAAACGUUUUAGAACACCUACUCAUUCAAGGGUUUUUCUUUAUUUUUUUAAACUAUUUUCUACAUUGUAGAAUAAUAUUUAAGACAUCAAUACUAUGAAAUAACACAUGGAAUCCUGUAGUAAAGAAUUGGAAUCAUGUAGUGUUAAACAAAUCAAAAUAUAUUUUAGAUUUGAGAUUCUUCAAAUAGCCACCCUUUGCCUUGAUGACAGCUUUGCACACUCUUGGCAUUCUCUCAACCAGCUUCACCUGGAAUGCUUUUCCAACAGUCUUGAAGGAGUUCCCACAUAUGCUGAGCACUUGUUGACUGCUUUUCUUUCACUUUGCGGUCCAACUCAUCCUAAACCAUCUCAAUUUGGUUGAGGUCGGGGGUUGUGGAGGCCAGGUCAUCUGAUGCAGCACUCCAUCACUCUCCUUCUUGGUAACAUAGCUCUUACACAGUCUGGAGGUGUGUUGGGUCAUUGUUCUGUUGAAAAAGAAAUUAUACUUCACUAAGCCCAAACCAGAUGGGAUGGCAUAUCGCUCUAAAAUGCUGUUGUAGCCAUACUGGUUAAGUGUGCCUUGAAUUCUAAAUAAAUCAGUGUCACCAUCAAAGCACCCCCACACAAUAACACCUCCUCCUCCAUGCUUUACUGUGGGAAAUACACGUGCGAGAUAAUGCGUUCAGCCACACCGCAUCUCACAAGACAUGGCGGUUGAAACCAAAAGUCUCCCAUUUAAACACCAGACCAAAGGACAAAUUUCCACUGGUCUAAUGUCCGUUGCUCGUGUUUCUUGGCCCAAGCAAGUCUCUUAUUAUUAUUGUUGUCCUUUUAGUAGUGGUUUCUUUGCAGGAAUUCGACCAUGAAGACCUGAUUCACACAGUCCCCUCUGAACAGUUGAUGUUGAGAUGUCUGUUACUUGAACUCUGUGAGGCAUAUAUUUGAGCUGUAAUUUCUGAGGCUGGUAACUAAUGAACUUAUCCUCUGCUACAGAGGUAACUCUGAGUCUUCCAUUCCUAUGGCGAUCCUCAUGAGUACCAGUUUCAUCAUAGCGCUUGAUGGUUUUUGCGACUGCACUUGAAAUGUUCAAGAUUGACUGACCUUCAUGUCUUAAAGUAAUGAUGGACUGUCAUUUCUCUUUGCUUAUUUGAGCUGUUCUUGCCAUAAUAUGGAUUUGGUAUUUUACCAAAUAGGGCUAUCUUCUGUAUACCUCCCUACCUUGUCGCAACACAACUGAUUGGCUCAAAUGCAUUAAGUUUUGAGCCAAUCAGAAAUUCCACAAAAUAACUUUAAGAAGGCACAACUUCUUCGAUAUAGGGGGUGCUCUUGGCAAUGACUCCUUAUAUGGCUGUGGAGGAGCUAGGAGUCAGCUUACCUUUUCCACGUUUUCCCCAAGGUGUCUGCAGCAUUGUGACAUAUUUGUAGGCAUAUUAUUGGAAGGUUGACCAUAAGAGACUACAUUUACCAGGUGGUCGCUUAGUGUCCUGCAUCGCAAUUAUUGCGUAUCUCCAGCUGCAGUAUUUUUCCGUUUGCCUCUGAUGACAAACCGACUGCCAGGAAUGAUUUUUCAUCGAAUAGAAUUGUGAAAAACACCUUGAGGAUUGAUUCUAAACAACAAUUGCCAUGUUUCUGUCAAUAUUAUGGAGCUAAUUUGGAAAAAUGUUUGGCGUUGUGACUGCAUUUUCGUUUUUUUUUUCUUAGCCAAACGUGAUGAACAAAACGGAGCUAUUUCUAUUACACAAAUAAUAUUUUUUGAAAAAAUGAACAUUUGCUAUCUAACUGAGAGUCUCGUCAUUGAAAACAUCCGAAGUUCUUCAAAGGUAAAUUAUUUUAUUUGAAUGCUUUUCUUGUUUUUGUGAAAAUGUUGCCUGCUGAAUGCUAGGCUUAAUGCUAUGCUAGGCUAUCAAUCUUACACAAAUGCUUGUGUAGCUUUGGUUAAAGCAUAUUUUGAAAAUCUGAGAUGUCAGUGUUGUUAACAAAAGGCUAAGCUUGUGUUUCAAUAUAUUUAUUUCUUUUCAUUUGCGAUUUUCAUGAAUAGGAGACGUUGCGUUAUGGUAAUGAGCUUGAGGCUAUGAUUACGCUCCCGGAUACGGGAUUGCUCGACGCUAGAGGUUAAUUGAAAUGCAUUCCAGGUGACUAUGAGAAUGCCAACAGUGUGUAAAGUUGUCAUCAAGGCAAAGGGUGGCUAUUUGAAGAAUCUUGAAUAUAACAUAUUUUUUGAUUUAACACGUUUGGUUACUACAUGAUUCCAUGUGUAUUUCAUAGUUUUCAUGUCUUCACUAUUAUUAUACAAUGUAGAAAAUAGUCUAAAUAAAUAAAAAACCUUGAAUGAGUAGGUGUUCUAAAACUUUUGACCGGUAGUGGAAAUCUUCCCUCAGCUUUUAAAAGGUUGCUGUAUAUUGUUUGUGAGCGCUUGUGUGCGUGCAUGCAUAUAUGUUUGUCAUUUAAAUUUCUAUUGCUCUUUCAAGACUGACACGUUUAUUUCAUGAUAUUUUAGCUGUUGUAAUGUUGCAUUCUGACUGAGCACUCCUUUUUUUGAGGACACCCUCUUCAAAGUCAAAGACAUGCCACUAUUUGGAAAUUUAGUAUUUUUACAAUAAUUGUUAUUAUUUAAUAAAGAGUUAUCUUGAAGCCAA